AUGUUCCCUAAAAUCGUCGUCCUAACUCUCUCGCUAACACUUGUACUGACAGUCGUGAGUACCCAAGAGCAUCACGGCUACAAUCAUGGCCAUAAACACCAUCACGCUGUUUCAUCCCAGUCUAUUAUCAGACACGAUGUGUCUCAUGGUCAUGGGAAUGAAGGUCAAUCUUACCAUGUUGUACCAGUAGCAGCGCAUCAUGUAGCUCCGACUAUACACGCUGCACCCGUGCUCGUGCAUCACCAUGAACACGCACCAGUACAUCAUGGAGGCCAGCCUCACCAUGAAGAUUAUGAUGCUCAUCCCAAAUAUGCAUUUGAAUACAAAAUCGAAGACCCUCACACUGGGGACCUGAAGAGCCAACACGAGACUCGCGACGGUGAUGUCGUGAAGGGCUACUACUCUCUGCAUGAAGCUGAUGGAUCUAUCCGUGUUGUGGAAUACUCCGCCGACAAACACAAUGGUUUCAACGCAGUCGUCAAGCACACUGCUCCGACAAAGCACGCUGAACCUGUUCAACAGUACUACCAUCAUUAA